GUGGAAUUUAUUUUACCUUGAAAUAAAAGGAAGAAUUGAAGAGGGGGCAAGACACUGUGUCCUAGCCAUUAUUUCCAUUCGCCCCUCCUCUUGUGGACGCUGGAAGAAAAAAAGAAGCUUCCCAUGAUCAUUCCCAACAAAACCCCACGAAGCUCCCCUUUCGCUCUUUCUCAAUCAACAGUAGCAGCUGUAAUGAAAGUAUAAACAACCCAGAACUCAGAAGAGGGUUUUCAACGGCCUCCUUGAAAUCUGCUUCCCAAGUUGGUUCUGCGUUUCGAUAGUUCUGUUUUUCGGGCUCUUCGUGGGAAUCACAAACUUGGGUUUUGCUUACUUUCGUAUUUUUUGACGAUAUUUUGCUGUAAUUGGAACUGAUUGGGUGUCUGUGGCCGCGACAGAGGUUGAAUUUUGAAGUUAUUCGGGUUUUUGGGUUUGGUCAGAGAUGAUCUUUUGAUAAUGCAGAAUCCUUUGAACGAAGAUCGAAAGAGUGCCAGCAUGGAGGAUUCCUCGGCAAUGACUAUUGAGUUUCUUCGCGCACGGUUGCUAUCUGAGAGAUCCGUCUCAAGAACUGCGAGGCAGAGAGCUGAUGAACUGGCAAAAAGGGUGGUUGAACUGGAGGAACAGUUAAAAUUUGUCUCUCUCCAAAGGAAGAAGGCCGAGAAGGCAACGGCAGAUGUUCUUGCCAUUCUGGAGAACAAUGGGAUAAGUGAUGUUUCUGAGGCUCUUGAUUCUAGCUCUGACCAGGAAGGAGUGCCAUAUGAAUCUAAAGUGAGUAAUAAUUCUACGAAAGAAGAGGAAAGCUCUGUCAGUUCAAAAGGGGGGAGAAAUGAUGCAGAGGAACUUUCAGGUUCUGAGAUUGAAUCUUCUUCAUUAGCUGGUGGAAGCUUGUCUUGGAAAAGCCGCAAGAAUUCACGGAAUUCUCAUGAAAGGAAGUAUCUUGAAUCUUCAAUGAGAAGGCGAAGCAGUUUUUCUUCUGCAGGUUAUACUUCACCAAAACAAUGCCCGGGUAAAUCAUGCCGCCAAAUAAGACGCAGAGAAACAAGAUCUGCAGUUGAGGAUCCAAAAGUUGAGUCUGUUGUCCCUGAUGCUGAAGAAAAUGAAGUUGCCACGAAUUCUGACGGUUCUCCUAAUUGUUUUAACAAUAGGCCUGAGAUCUCGGGGGAAGCUUCUGAAAAUCAGGAGUCAGCUUUAUUGGAAGGUCUAGUUUCUGAUAGCUUAGAGGAUCAAAGAAAAGAAACUAGUGCAGGCAUUUAUCUUGAUAGGAAUGGAGGAGAGAGAGAGAGAGAGAUGGAAAAAGCACUGGAACAUCAAGCCCAGCUGAUUGGUCGAUAUGAAGCAGAGGAAAAGGCACAGAGAGAAUGGGAAGAGAAGUUUAGAGAAAAUAACAGCAGUACUCCGGAUUCAUGUGAACCCGGAGACUACUCAGACAUCACUGAAGAAAGAGAUGAAUGCAAGACACGAGCUCCCCAACUCGGCGGGACAAUUGCAUCUCUAGACAAAGAAUCAAAGGUUGAAGAUGCUCCCCUUGCUAAGGAAUUGCCUCAAACUCAUUCCAAUGGCUAUGAGCCACCUCAGCAUGUUGACAUGGGAUGCCUACAGGAUCAUAAGAGCAACAGAACACUAGGUUAUGGUUCCCCAGUUUCGGAAUUUGCAUUGCCUAGGGCUAAGGAGAAGCAAAAACAAGAGCAUUCGGAACAUCAUUCCUCUCUCUCCUCGGCACAGAGCUCCCCCCACCAUUCACAUCAGCCUGGUUUUUCUGAGAACCUUCAAUCAGCAAACAUCACCCCUCUAUCUCAUGCAGAUGGUGCACAUAAAACCGAAGUUCCAGGGAGCCAAAAAGAACCUGCAUUGAUGCCAAAUGAAGCACCUGAUGGCGUAGGAAGUGUGUUAGAUGCACUUCAACACGCACGAUUAUCACUGAGGCAGAGACUGGAUAGGUUGCCAUUUUUAGAAGGCAGCACUGUUGAAAAAGCAGUUGAACCUUCUUUUCCUGCUAUGAGUACUGCGGAAAGAGCAGAGAUUCCUAUUGGAUGCGCCCGGCUUUUCAGAGUACCAACAGAUUUUCAAGUUGAAGCUACUACAGCCUACUUUGCGGGUUCGAGCUCCGGACUGAGCCUGACCAAUUAUUAUCCAGAUACAGGAAAUGCUUUAAAGUUGACUGCUGGUGAUCAGUUUGCCACCAGCCCUUAUGUGGAAACUCGAUCAAGUGCUUCUUCUACUGAUGGUCGACUUGCUGCCAAUUCAAAAACUGAUGGUGGACUAAGAAUUUCCCAGCAGAAACCAUCUUUCAUUUCCUACUUGGAUAGAGGCAGCGAUCGAUUUCUCCCAAGUGCUUAUGUUGACCCUUCUAGGUUGGGUGUUUCUGCCAGUGCUUAUGUUGACCCUUCUAGGUUGGGUGUUUCUGCCAGUGAUCAGUUUCUCAGCAGUCCGUACCAGGGGGCAAGUGGGUUAGGACCAUCUACCCAGAAGUUUGAUCCCUACUUGGAUGCAGGUCUACCCUCUUCCACCAAGCAUACCUAUCCUAUCUAUCCUGAUCCAAUCUCUCGAUUUCCUUCCUAUGAAGGAUUUUCCACCAUGGAAGGAUUUUAUAGACCCUCUUUGGGUAGGACAGCUGAACCACAGUCUGCUGACCGCUUCUUGUUAUACGAUGAUCACAUCAGACCAAAUAUGUAUAGAUAAUUAUAGUCAAUAAACACCUGGUAAGUUUUUAAUUUUGCAGCCCUUUAAGCCUUCUCAUCUCUUUGGUUCCUGUUUAUAUGUUAGAAUUAAUGGAGAUCUAGUUUGUACCAAAUAUGUUGUGUGCUUCCUUCUUGUUACUUUCACUUUUUCAUUCAAGAAAACAUUCUCUUCAUUUUUAUGAGCUUGGAAUGGACGUUGAAUUGAAAUU